GAUGUCACAAACCUAAGAAACCUAUCCUGGUUGAGUGGCGACAGGAAGGAGGGGAGGGGCUAUGUCAGCAUAUUCAGAGAACCAUGUCACAAAAUUAGAAAGAAAGGAGCAGAGUUAAGUUUAAACCACUUUAAGACCAGGAGGAGAUUUUUUUAUGACAAACCUGAGGAACUAAGAAGAGUUUUAGGGGGGGUGAUAAGCUACUGUGGUGGGACUUUGAUCACUUUUUACAAAUAUGUAAAGUUCCAAGCUGUAUGUCUGUGGGUGUGUAAAUCCGCCGAUUCUUAUCCCCCAACUAACAGGUCAUUAGCCUGCAAUAUGUUCCCAAAAGUAGCCUUCAUCAUGCACACACACACACACAUGCACACACACACACACACUUCUGUUAUCUGGGACUGUGGUGCUGCCAGUCAGGAAUGUAGGUCUGAGUUUAGUUGAGCAAGCAGCAACAGGUCCACCUCCUGAAUGGGAGUUUGUGGAGGAUCCAGCACCGGUAGCUUGAGACAAAAGCCUCAGAUCAUCAGACAAAGAAACAAUCUGUGUUUCAUGGGGAGAAGCUGCACUGAUCAAACUGUGUUGAAUUCAGUGCGCGGUGUUAAGAGGUGUCCUGCUCAAUCAAGUUCAUGCUGAUAGGAUUGUGUCAGUAGCCCGGAGCAGCUCUUCACCAUGGAGGCGAUGCAUUUGCUGGACAACUGGAGGAAGGAUCUUCAUGUGUCGCAGGGAGCCGUGGACAGCUCAGUGGACAUGGACCGUCUGAACAGGAACAUGCCCGAGUGUGGACGGCAAACCCACCAGGUGUUACAGAGCACCCCACUGGACCUAAUUGAGACCGGAAAGGGGCUGAAGUUUCAGGCGGAGCGCCCCCACCUGGUCAGUUUGGGUAGUGGACGCCUGAGCACUGCCAUCACCCUGCUGCCCCUGCCUGAGGGCCAGACCACUCUGGGUCGUGGUCCCAUGGACAUCAACAUCCAGGGCCCUGGGGUGGCUGCCCAGCACUGCUACAUAGAGAACAGGUCAGGGGUCAUCACGCUGCACCCCUGUGGGAACCUCUGCGCCAUAGAUGGUCUCCAGAUCAUGCAGCCUGUCCGCCUGUCACAAGGCUGCAUGCUGUGUUUUGGCCAAUCAAACUUCUUCCGCUUCAACCACCCUGAAGAAGCCUUCAGAAUGAAGAGCAUGAUGCCCCAGGGAGGAAGUGUCUCCACGGGGGACUACAGAAUAUGUGCAGACACAGAGAGCUUCGUCAAUGGGAAUCACCAGUCCAGUCCCGCCAAGUCGCCCCCAGCUCCUGGAGAGAGAAACCAGUCUGAGCACAGUGCAAUCGUCAGCUCAAUUGAGAAGGACCUCCAGGACAUCAUGGACUCCCUAGUCAUGGAUGACCCUCAGUCUUCUUCCUUGGAGGCCAAAAAGCCUCCUGGAGACCAAUCGAUUCCUCACUCACCUCUGUCACCCAUGGUUAAUGGAGGAGGACGGUAUCUGCUGUCCCCUCCUACCAGCCCGGGGGCCAUGUCUGUGGGGUCCAGCUAUGAUAAUAAUUCCCCUCCCUUUUCCCCCCUUUCCUCACCCUCAGCAGCCAGCAGUGGGAGCUUUACCAGCCCAUCUCCUAGUGGAGGACCCCAGGACCAGAGUUAUUCUCUGCCACCAGUGCCUGUACGCUCCUCUAGCUACAAUUUCACCUCCCAGCCUCCACCUUUACCCCAGCCACGGACCAUUUUGCCUAACUUUAGCAGCGGUGGGGCUGGUCAGAAGGUUCAGGAAAGCCCAAGGCUGCAAAGGAUGGUCCUAGCAGAAGCUCCUCCGAGCCCCAAGCCAAGUCGCAGAGGACUAGGCCAAGAUGGUUCUGAAAGCCCUCGACAGAUGUCCCUGCUGUCCUCUAGUGAAUCUCUCAAUAGUAGAAACAUUGUGCCGAGUAGCCCCAGACUCACUCCUAAAUUCCCUACUUGUUCGUCCCCAUCUCCCUCCAGUCCCAGGACCAAGUCAACCACGGUGCUCCAUGAAAGACCUGCCAGCCCCUUCAGAGAGCAGACCACUCUAGCUGAUCGCUCCCUCCCCUCUAGCCCUUCCAGGCAGCUUUCCCAACCCUUCAGAGCCUUCCAGCCUCCUUUGGACCCCAUUGUGCAUGUCAUCCAAGGUUCGCCGCUUCAGCAACAUCCACGUUCACUGCAGCCCCCUGAAAGCCCUCGUAUGGUCAGGAGGAACCUGGAGCUGAAUGGUGGGAGCGGAGCAAGCAACACUAUGAGAGAGCUGCCUCCUCUUAGCCCCUCCAUGGCUCGGAGAGGCGUCCCAGUACUCCCAGGAGCGCUACCAGGGACAAUCCCUACCUUGAGGACCCCAGAUAGUCCCUCAAGUCUUUGCAAGCUUGUCCCAGAGAGUCCAAGGCUCAGACGAAAGACUGGAUCUACAUCUGAGGAGCAGAUGUGCAGCAGGGGAGUCAGAGCCCGCAGUCCAUCACCCACCUCUAUGAUGAUGGAGGGCAGUGGUAGUUGUGCGGGGGUACGGAAGGCGAGUGUUGGGAAUACCCUGUCUCCUGCUUACAGUCUGGGCUCCCUGCCUGGCUCGUCCCCUGCCGCCAGUCCCAGGACCCAUAGAAAGAUGUCUGCAGGGAGACCCCACCCUGGGAUGAGGGAGAGGAAGAACAGCAUCACCGAAAUCAGCGACAACGAGGAUGAGCUGUUGGAGUACCACCGGCGACAGAGAGAGGAGAGGCUUCGAGAGCAGGAAAUGGAGAGACUGGAGAGACAGAGACUAGAGACCAUCCUGAACCUCUGUGCAGAGUACAACAAAGGAGAGGGCACCGGUCUGGACCCUCUAGGCUUGGGGAGGACGGGUUUCCCAGGGGGGCAGGCUGAUGGCUCCGGGCAGAGAAUGUCCGUGGAGAAUGUCCUCGGAGGGACACCGUCCUCAGCUGCACUACGCCUGGCACAGAGAAUGAGGGAGAGCGAUGAGGAGAAUCUGAAGGAGGAGUGUAGUAGUACAGAGAGCACUCAUCAGGAGGUGAGGGCAUCUCCUGCAUCCAGCACAGCAUCAGCACUGCACAAUGGAGACAGACAGCACGAGGACUCAUCCAGCUCCGGCAGCACCGCUCGUCUGGAGUUGGGCUACCUGGUGGAGGAGCGGGUUCGCGUUCUUGCUCGAAUCGAUGAGCUCAAAACCAGACUGACAGAGCUAGAGCAGCAACUCCAGGAGUCUAAACAAGAGGCCGAGAUGGAGCGUGCUCUGCUGCAGGGCGAGAGGCAGGCGGAGCACGACCAGAUAGAGGCUGAAACAGACAUAGUCACUCAGCUGCAGCGCAAACUGGAUGAGCUGGAGAGCGCCAUCCAGAGGGAGAAAGACAAGGAGAGGGCUAAUGUUGAGGCCGAGCGUCGGGCCCUGCAGAGCCUCCAGGAGGGCUACGCUGAGCUGAAGAACCAGCUUCAUAACUGUCCUGAGUCCCUGCGGGAACAGUUGCAGGAACAGCUCAAAAGGGAUGGAGAGGUGCUGGAAGCAGGAACCAAAAAGUUUGAGGACCUGGAGUUUCAGCAGCUGGAGAGAGAGAGCAGCCUGGAGGAGGAGAGAGAAACCAUCAGCCAGCAGCUGCUCCAGGAGAGAGCAGAGUACCACAGCAGCGUGGCCAACAGGAAGGAGAAGGUGUCUGCUUUAGAGAACCAGGCCAACCAGCUCAGCCUACAGGCAUCUCAGGAGUGUGAGCGUUUGGCUAAAGACAGAGGCCUCGCACUGCAAAUGCUCCAAAAGGAGAAGGAGAGACUGUCAGCGCUGGAGAAGAGAUACCAUAACCUGACUGGAGGAAAGAGCUUCCCCAAGUCCUCCACUGCGAUGAGAGAGGAAAUGCUCCAAAUCAGCGAGGCUGACCUGUUGUCGGAGGAUGUCCACUCCUCCCAGCAUUCCCUCUGUCAAGCCUCUCCUCCCUACUUACAUCCCUCCCCUCCCUGUCAGUUGUACCCCAGCAGCCCUACGGAGGAGUAUGUGACGGUGGGCCAGUUAAAUCAGAUGUAUGGGAUGCCAAAGGUGGAGUCGUCCCCUACCUCCCCGCUUCGCCAGCCCCUGCAGUCUGGAGGGGUAGACCCUGCCUUCUCCUGCCUCCCCUCUCCUCAUGGCUCCUCCCUGUCUCUCUCUGUGGAGUACCAGUCUGAGGGCAGCAGGCAUCACCUGCCCAAGCUAGAUUUAGAGCAGUGGUACCAGGAGCUGAUGGCUGACUCCAGCCAGCUAUGUUCUCCCCCUCUGCCAUCCAAGUCUCUCUCAGGCCGCAGGCCUGUGCUGCAGGUGUUCCGCUCCAAGCUGGACAGUGAUCCAGGCCUUUCUCUCCAUCAGCCCAAGUCUGGCUCCGCAUCCCCCCUGCAGCACGGAGCAGCGACGCUGGGACGCAACACCAGCUCCAGGCAGAGCCCCCUGCUGGUGGCCAACAGCACCGGCAGUCUGCCCAGGAACCUGGCUGCGACGCUGCAGGAAAUAGAGAUCAAGAGACAGCUCGCUCUGCAGCAGAAAGGUCAUCAGGUGAUCGAGGAGCAGCGCCGGCGCCUGGCCGAGCUCAAGCAGCGAGCGGCGGUGGAGGCUCAGUGCCAGUGGGAGGCGCUCCAUGGCUCUCAGCCCCACCUCAUGUCCGCGUCCUCCUCAUCGCCCUCUUACUCCCCCGUCAUGACCUACAGCCCCACGCUGAGCCACAGCUCUGUGGGACUCCCACCUCUGGUUCACCACUCCAUCCUGCACCACCAUCCCUCGUCAGCCGGAGAGCAGCCCUACGACACCCUGAGCCUGGAGAGCUCGGACAGCAUGGACACCAGCAUAUCCACGGGGAACAACUCAGCCUGCUCGCCAGAUAACAUGUCCAGUGUUGGAGGAGUGGACUCCCUGAAGAUAGAGGAGAUGGAGAAAAUGCUGAAGGAGGCACACCUGGAGAAAGCCAGACUUAUUGAAUCGCGGGAGCGAGAGAGCCUGGUUCGCCGUCAGAUGCUGGAGGAGGAGAGGAGGAGGAGGGAGGAUGCAGAGAAAAGGCUUCAGGAUGAAACUUUCCACCGGCAGCAGCUUGUGGAGAAGGAGGUCAAGAUGAGGGCCAAGAACUUCUCUCAGGCCCGUCCUAUGACGCGCUACCUGCCCAUCAGGAAGGAGGAGUUCGACCUGCGCUCUCACGUGGAGUCGUCGGGCCACAGCGUGGACACCUGCUACCACGUCAUCCUCACUGAGAAGAUGUGCAAGGGCUACCUGGUCAAGAUGGGGGGCAAGAUAAAGUCCUGGAAGAAACGCUGGUUCGUCUUCGACCGCCUCAAAAGGACCCUCUCCUACUAUGUUGAUAAACAUGAGACCAAACUGAAGGGUGUGAUCUACUUCCAGGCAAUAGAAGAGGUCUAUUACGAUCACCUCCGCAGUGCCACAAAGAGCCCCAACACCUCGCUGACCUUCUGCGUGAAGACCCACGACCGGCUCUACUACAUGGUGGCCCCCUCAGCGGAGGCCAUGAGGAUCUGGAUGGAUGUUAUCGUCACAGGAGCCGAGGGAUACACACAGUUCAUGAACUAAGAGACACGUGGCACAGUGGUCAGAGUACAGGUGAUGAGCAAAUAGUUUCGGCAGGGACAGACUCUACAGGCCCUCCCUGUUUCAAGUCCACAGCAGACACAGCGCCUUGUUUGUUACUCAUUUUUAAUCUCACAGUUUGAUUUUACCAUGUAGAUGUUCACCUCAACAUUUUCUAUGUCGUUCUGUUUGGAUUUAAAAAGGGAGCCCUUGAAGGACACACACACUUACACACACUAUUGUAUAUAAACCAAAAUGUAAAACUGUCAGAGACUUUUCAAAAGCCUUUCUAUAUUGCCAAAUGGAGAUCUUGUAGUUACCGUUUGUUGAACCUUUUGUAUUAUUUGUUUCGUUUUACUCUUCUUUUUUUUUACUUUUUGAGAAAAUUGCCAAAUGACAUAAUGCCAAUGUUUUGUUUGUUCCAUCACGACUAUGCUGAGUUUAGACAGAAAGAGUUUGAAAGAAUCGUCAUGGGGUGGAAGCGUUUUUAAAAUUAUAUUUGAAAGAGUUGUAUUCAAAAUGUUGUACAAAUCUAUAAAUUAUGAAAGAAAAUCAGUCAGUCAGCUGGAGAUGAUCUACGAGUCCAGCGACACAGUAAAGCACUGCUUCCUCCAUGUGCACAGCGGUCACUUCACCUCAGUGCUGCUCCUAUAGAUUGACACGAAAUCAAGUUCAGCUAUAAUGAAGGUAUCCGGAGAUUCACCCAAUUUAUUUUAUUUCACAUACAUCAAAGUAAUUGGAGCCGUUUUGUUCGACUUGGACCCACUACAGCUCAGGAGUUCAUGCUCUGGUUUUUCCAAUAUGGAGUUUGACAGAAGCCUAAAGGAUAAAUGGUGCGCUCAUUUGCUUUCUAGAGGCACAAGAUGAUUAGCUUAGCAUAGGAUAAAGACUGGCUCUAAAACAAACCAAUUAGCCUUAUUUUGAAACAUUUGAAUAUUUGGACAGAGACAGACUAAGCUUUUCCACCUUUUCCUUUUCCCGUUUGCAAAAGCACCAUAUUUAGCCUACACUCACACACAAGGGUUAUUAAUAUCUUAUUCUAAAGAAAGAAAAUGAGCAUGUUAUCCAAAACGUGAAACUACUGUGAGACAUGCUUCAAUUGGAGCUAGAAUAUUCUCUAGAUUUUCCAUUGUUCGUAAAAUCUAAAUAAUUGAAAUAAUUUUGUUAAAAAAAAGUGGUCAAUCACGAGCCGGAGGAAUCAGCCGAGGUCGACUCCCCAAAAACCCCAACAACUGUAUAUUGGUUAAACCAUAGCUGCCACAUUCUUGGUGUCCUUGUGAAUAUGUUGAACAGGAAUAUCCCAUUGUGUCUGUAUGACGCCAUCAUGUCACCACCUCCAGGUGCAAACUGCAUGUCCACGUGUGCACACAAACACACUAAUAGAAGCUUGACUGUUUUCCAAGUAGCCUUUCACCAAACUGAUGCGACCACACAGCCGGGAAGCUGCCAUUAUCACUGCCAGCCUAAAGCAACAACCCCUAGAGGGCGCUACAGAGACCACGCUCACGACCAACAAUACGGACUAAUGCAAUUCAGAGCUGUGCCUUGACUACGUGUUGUUACGGAUGUGUCUGAGUCCAGCACAGCCUCACUGGAAGGAUACAAUCAUUUGAAUGCAUCAAAAUGCAUUUCUGAGCUGUAAUGCCGUGUGGACAGAUACGCAUGAGGUUAACUUCUUUAAAAUGGGAACGCCUCCCUGUAGCAUUAUUACAGGGAGAUAUAUCAGAGGCGCUGAUCACAUUGGGGAUCAGCAUUCAUUUUAAACCCUGAAUACACACAAUGUGUUUGUAAAUGAGCAUUUCCCCAGUUUAAGUUAUCAUAAUCACUUACCAGCCAGGAGGAGUCCUGAUCAGUCUGAAUAACCCUGAUGAAAUCGGUCAUGUUAUCAACUUCAGUCUGCUGCAAACUGGUGGUUUGAAGGAUGUGGGCAUUUACCAGUAAAGCAGGAUCUGAUGAACGGCGAUACUGAGCUGCAUUAUUCAAAGUGUAGUAUAUUGUUCUUUUGACCCAAACCAAAGACUAAAAGUCUGAUAUCUCUUGUUCCUGCGACUAAACCAGCUGGAACGUGGAUUGUGGAAAAGAACCAUAAACCUAAAAAAAUAUUCCUAAUAUUUUUUACUUUCAUUAUUGCAGAGUUAACUCAUGACGUACUUUGCCUACUUUUUGUUUGCAAAAGACUGCCGACUGUAUUAUUCACAUAAUCUACAGGACAUUAUUUCAAGUAAUAAAACUAUACUCGUCUUAUUUACCUUAAAAACAACAAAUGAUCUACUUUAAUUUGCUGCUGCAUUAUUAAAUACCAUCAUCAGAGAAUAACUCGACCAAACUCUGCAAAAUGUCACUUCCCGUUUUGAAUCCCCACUGUGAGCGGAGGCCUGCGUACACGAGGACGGAUAAAGAAGCCUUGCAUCUUCAGCUUUAACAGACUGUAACUGACGGAGCCUGCCCGGCGCCACCGUCGUCACGUUGGGAAUCGGUUUGUGGUGGGACAGAUCCCGGACGCUGUCUUCUGCUGUGUCGAAGCAGAGGACAGACCUGACGCUGUGAUUUAUGGAGCAUGUGGAACCUUUGUUGUGUUUCAUGUGUCGGUACAGUGAUGAUAAUUUAUGAUUGUGGUGCCUGAGGUAGUGACAUGUUUACUUCUAGAACAUGAAGUAGAAGACCUUAAUAUAUUCUGUCCCCCUUGCCUUUUUAACAUGUUCAAACCAAACUAUUCAACACUGGCACGGCUGUUAAAUCAUGUCUGUUGAUAGUAGAUGGUAUAUACAUUACUGUUAUAUAUGUUGAAAAGAAAGGAAUCUAAAUAUACUGUAGAGGAUGCCUGAAUCAUAAAAACAUGAUCUUACUAUUGAAAUGAACAGUAUUGUAUAAAAACAUGUACAAUUUUUACUUAUUUUUGUCAUUUUAGAAAUUUUAUUGUCAGUCAGUUACAUUUUAAAUUGAAUGGUAGUGAUGUAUCAAUCUACCUUCUUUUUUUUUUUAUUACUGCUACAGCAGAACACAGAAUUACUCACUUAGCACUCAUGUGACUGUACUUUUUUUUCUAGAAAGUAGUUCCUGUUUCAUACACACAUACACACUACUCGGACCAUACUGUGUUCUUGGUACCCUGUAGGUCUCAUGCGUCACUUUCAGGUAUGAAUAAUAUGGAUUUUGUCAAAUCUAUUAAAAACUGAGCUGUUACAGAG